AUGGACACUAUAGACAAUACAGAUGUACCCGCUCCUGAGAGCACAGAAGAGGCACAGCCAUUGACUGGCAGCCCGGAAGGAGCAGCACAAGCAGCCACCGAAGAUACCCAGGUUGAGCAACGGGAAGAGCAAGACGCUCAAGUGCCGCCUCCGUUAGAGAGUGGACGACCGCUGAAUGUCACAGAUGCUUUGAGCUACCUUGACGCCGUGAAAACGCAGUUCGUAGACAGACCUGAUGUUUAUAAUAAUUUCUUGGAUAUCAUGAAGGACUUCAAGAGCCAGGUAAUUGAUACACCUGGAGUUAUAGAGCGUGUAUCUAUGUUGUUUAGGGGCCACAAUGACCUCAUCCAGGGAUUCAACACGUUCUUGCCACCCGGAUAUCGCAUCGAGUGUACAAGCAACGCUCAGGAAACAACCACAACGAUUACAGUCACAACGCCCGCAGGAACAACUACGCAGUCUACAGAGAAUCAUCAACCGCCAACGAAUAUAGUAUCUGAACCCAGUCCGGCGGUAUCGCCUCCGCCGCCUCCACCCGCUGUCCAAAUUCCCACAAUCGCUCCCCAGCCAGAGCCUCCGACGGCUCCAUCUGGUUCCCCUAUGCCGUUUGGCACUUCCUCUGCGGCGUCAGCGUUGAACGGUAUGGGAGGAAAUUAUAACGGACAGGAUCGUGGACGUCAGGGCCCUGCUGGCGCUCAUGAAUUCCACCAUGCUAUUCAGUAUGUGAACAAGAUCAAGACACGAUUCGAGGAUGACCCAGAGACGUACAAACUCUUUCUUGAUAUCUUGCACUCGUAUAGGAAGGAACAGAAUCAUGAUGAUGUAUACUACAAAGUCGAGGUCUUGUUCAGGGACGCGCCAGAUCUAUUGGCUGAGUUCAAGAACUUCUUGCCAAUGGAUGGAAGUGGACCAGUAUUUGGAGCAGACACGAUACAAGAUUCGACGUGGAAUGAGGUGUCUGAAAAGAAAGGCUCUGGAGCGCCUAAAAGGAAAAAGAAGCCUGCGGAGAAAGAGAUACAACCUGCCCCGCAGACAUCAUCCUCAACUACAAAACCUGCUACUGGCCGGACGAAGAAAUCUAAGCAUGCGCAUGUCAAAGAUGGUAUGAUUCCUCCUUCACCUUCCUACCAACCCUACAGUCGACCACCAUCUCCGGGUCAUCAGCCACACUCCCACCAUCACCAGCCACAUACCGGACCUGCAGCAUCACAAGGUAGCAGCACGGGUCCGUCAGGGGCGGGCGGCGCCAGUUCUCAGGACGAGCUCACCUUCUUUGACCGUGCCAAGAAGGCACUGGAAUCGCGGGAGAUGUAUGACGAAUUCCUCAAGCUCCUGAAUUUGUUUUCGCGCGAGAUCAUCGAUGCCCGCACGCUCAUCGCUCGUGCAGAGGCCUUCUUGCACGAUCCAGAGCUGUAUGUGCAGUUCAAGGACCUUAUGGGUUGGGAUGCAAAGCGUGAAGGGGAAAAUGAAGGUCCGCCGGGGUCUAUUAGGAGCUGGACCGCACCAUCUACGGAGACUGAGGAGAGAUUCGGGAAAAGCUACAGGCGGUUGCCUCUUGCGGAGACGAAACUCGCUUGCUCCGGCAGAGAUGAGCUAUGCAGAAGUGUACUUAAUGAUGUCUGGGUUUCUCAUCCUACCUGGGCAUCAGAAGAGUCGGGUUUCGUCGCACACAAGAAGAAUUCAUAUGAAGAGGCACUGCACAAAAGCGAGGAGGAGCGUCAUGAGUUCCAAUUCUACAUCGACAUUAUCACGCGCACGAUUGCGCUGCUACAGCCAUUGCACGAUAGAAUUAUGGAAAUGAGUGCCGAGGAAAGGAAUGCCUACCGCUUGCCACCAGACUUUGGUGGAUCGAGCAAGAGCAUCUACCAUAGAGCAAUCAAAAAGGUAUAUGGUCGUGAUGCCCAAGGGCUUGAGGUGCUGCAGGCGCUACAAGAUUGUCCUGCGAUCGCAGUGCCUGUCGUGCUGCCGCGCCUGAAGCAGAAGAAUGAGGAAUGGCGCCGCGCGCAACGCGAUUGGAACAAGGUCUGGCGCGAGGUAGACGCGCGUAAUUUUUACAAAAGCUUGGACCAUCAGGGAAUCACGUUCAAGGCGAACGACAAAAAGUAUAUUACGAACAAGAGCUUGGUGACCGAAAUCGAGGCCGCCAAGGUUGAGUUGGCAGAGCGCGCCGCGCGAGCCAAGGCAAGAGCGAAAUCCUAUAAGAGGAGCGUCCCUGUCAAGCCGGAGGAGCUAGAUGAGGAUGCGGAGUAUGCACCCCACCUUGAGUUUACCUUCAACGAUAUCGGUGUCCUUCAGGAUGCACUCAAGCUUGUAUUUUCUUUCCUCGACCGCUCGACGAUUCAGUAUUCCUCUCAUGAACGUCGGUCGGUAGAACGCUUGCUGCGAUCAUUCAUUCCACUCUUCUGCAUGCUCCCCACUGCGGAGUUCGACGCUGCGUUUGGUCCGCCAUUGGAAUCGGAUAACACUGAUAACGAAGACGUUGGACAUGAGGAUACCGCUGGCUCGGACGAGGGUGAAGACGCGCACCAUGGUUCUGGUUCGAAGUCUCACAGUAAGAGUGGAGGGACCAGCGGGCGGCGUUCGGCAGGUGGGAGCAGUCAUGGACAUGGGAAUGGCGGUGUGCAUCCGAACGACCUGCGGAAAAAGUUGCUAAAGACUGCGCAGGAGAAGGCAGUGAAAGCACGUUCAGGAUCGGCGUCGGCCUCACGGGCUGUGUCGCCUGCAGGGAGCGACGACGAUCAUAGUAAGCCCACUGAAGCUCAGGCAGCUUCCACGUCUCCUACGCCAAAACGCAAGAAGGGAAGUCGUGCAAAGGAGGCACCCGAAGCGCAACGUGCGGAAUCCCAGGAAUGGGCGAAACUCAUGCCUGUCGAAUUUGACACUGGGAAGGAAACCGAGACAGACGGCAUGGAGGUUGAUGGGGAUGAUGCGCUGGAAAUGCUUGCGAAGCACGGAUUAGUGGACCAAAAGCCCUUCUACACGAACACAACGUUCUAUGCUUUGCUAAGGUUGCUGCAGCUUUUGUAUUCGCGCCUCCUACACUGUAAAGAGACCGCCCAAAAACUAUUAGCCCAAGAUAGGAAGAAAAGCUUGUUUACGGUCAAUCCUGUCGCCGAGGAACUCGGCCUUGUGGAUGCUCAUGGCCCCGGGGCCGUACUAGCUCUUGCCGCAAACGUUCCCGCGCAUUCUCAUCCAUCAAUCGAUAGUCAGACAAACGGACACGAGGCAUUGAAUGGCCUUGCUUCUGCAGACGCAAGCGCCAACGUCGCCGCUGCUGCCACUGUUGGUAAACCUUCGCGACCGGAAGCGCAUUUCUACAGCUACCUUCUCGACGCAUGCGAGAAGUUGUUUGAGGGCGAGCUGGACCAAGCGUCAUUUGAGGAAAACAUGCGCUUUUUGUUUGGGACGAAGGCGUACAUCGUAUUUACGCUCGAUAAACUAAUCGCAGCGCUCAUAAAGCAGGUGCGUAAUGUUCGGAUGUUUCAUUUCAUUAUUCAUGCGGCUAUUCUUCCCGCACAUUUCGUCUUCCCUAAUGGGCAUAUGCCCAUGCGCUAA